AUGUCCCUGCGGCCCCUGGGACAGGCGGGCGCAGAGCCGCAGAGCGGCCAGGGAGGGACUCGGCGCGGGCUGACCCUUCUCGCGCCCCGUCGCUCGGAGUCGCGGCUGGGUAGUGACGUGGAAGGGGCUCCGCCCCAGCCUGGCAGUCCGAGAGACUCGACCCCGCGGGGACGGAGGUUGGACGCGCCCGGGGCCAGCACCAUGUGGGCCGCCGCCGCCGGCAGAGCUACUAAGAUGCUGGAAAGGAAUGUUCCCUCAAUUCUGAGACCAACUAAAGGAAUGGAUCUGAAGAUCAAGAGAGGUUUUUGCAGUAAAUCACAGGAGGGGAGCAAACAAAAGCCUGAAGUAGGGGGGCAUUCCACCUUCAAAGUGCCAGGACACAAGCCGUCAGACUGGGAAAAGAAGGUUCUGCUGUGGGCAGGCCGUUUCAAAAAAGUAGAUGAUAUACCAGAGACUGUCUCGUUUGAGCUGAUCGAUGCUGCGCGAAAUAAAUUGCGUGUGAAGAUCAGCUACCUGAUGAUUGCCCUGACAAUGCUGGGAUGCAUCGUGAUGGUCAUUGAAGGAAAGCGGGCUGUCGGAAGGCAUGAAUCCCUUACAACCCAAAACAUGGAAAGAAAAGCUCGCUGGAGAGAUGAGGUUGCUCAGAGUGCAUCUGCCAAACCCUAGGAGAGGGAGGAGACCUGGGAAGGAGGAUACAAAACAUACAAAUGCUUUCUUCGUUGAUGAGCGAGUGGUAGAUCUUUAUGUGUUUUGCUUUUAUGUUAUAAUCCUCUGCUGUUAUGCUUUAGGAAAGACAAAUAAAUUAUUUUGUAGUAAUACUAAAAA